CUGCUGCAAGGGUUUAUCUUGCAUGUUUCUUGAAAAACUAAAACAUGGCAUCUAAUAUUUUAUCUGCUAUUUUGACCACUACUAUGAUCCUUACAUCAGAUACAAUUAUGAUUGAUUUAUUAGCUUUCAGUAUCAUCAGGGCUGUGAUUGGCCAAAGUCUUGAGCUCGAUUCUUUUCAUCCCUGUAAACAGACCUUGGAGGAGAUGCGUGAUUUGAGAUCCUGUCAGACAAUUUCAUUAAUAAUAUGGUGCCCAGUUACUCCAAAAAUAUAUUGCAUACCCCCAAUUUAGCCAGGCAAAUAAACCAGGCGGAAAAACGCAAUAUGUUUAAGCUUUGAUCGAUAUAUAGAAACUACAUGUAUUUGUUUAGAAGAAAAUGCCUUGUAAGUAAGAGGCUGAAGGAGCUGAAGCAAGCUAAUUAAUAGGUUUUGCUUGGAAACUACACUUACAACUAACCUGCUGUUUGGUAGCACCAGCACUCUGCAUGGCACCACUGCAUUUGUGUGAAGGACCAAACUGAGAGCUGAUGUUUAUGUGGCUGCUUGAGAAACUGAAGGAUGAGAGUUAGAUCAUCGAUAGCAGUGGCUUCUGAUGAAAGCAUGCGUAAAGUUCCUAAUAUGGGACUCUGAGCUCAGUGACCACUGCUUUGCCGGCAUGUCAGUGACUUGAAAACGGCUGGUGUGACUGACCUGCUGCCUCAGUGCUCUGCUGUAAGUGCUUGAGCUUGUAAAUUGGAGUGGACAUAUGAUAAGGUGUUCACUCCCUCCCUCCCUGCUCUUAGAUAAAAUCAGUUAUUAGGCGCACUAAGGAGACUCCCAAUGUGCACCCCAUGUACCGAGAGGCUCACCUGCGCAGGAAGAUGGGACCCAUCAUUGUAAACAAGAACUCUUCCCAGGACCGUCUCAUAGAGGAGCUUCAGGGUAAGCUUGGGAUCGGCCGCUCAGAACGGCGGCGCAAACAGUCCGAUGAUUGGCUGACGGAGGGUGUCAUCAUCACGUCCAAACCUCAGCGAUAUCGUCCCGAUGGGGCGGCCAGUGAGGUCGACAAGGUUGGCUUCAGUGUGCUUGCCAGUUUCCACAAAUUCUCCUUUUGCAGUUGUUUCACUUUUGUUUUCCUUUUCUGCACAUUUCCUGUCUCCUUCCUUCCUUCUGUUUUUCCUCUUUUCUUCAGAUCAUAAUUCCCCCCGAGUCGCCUGUCCCUGUGAGGAAGGUGCUCCCACCUCCCUCUCCCCCUACCCCUCGUCGCCCCCUGUCAUAGAAGAACCUAAGCGACCCCUCCCAGUACAGCACCCCCCUGUCCCAAUACCACCCCCACCUCCUCCACCUCCUUCACCACCUCCACAACGUACCCACCACAUUCACGAACCAGUUCCCGCUCCACCUCGGCAGUUCAUAAAACCCUCACCUCCACCGGCUCCAGUCCAGAACCCUUCUACACCUAAACCAGAGCCGCCUCUUCCUGUCCUAAAAACCCCAACCCAGCCACCAACAGUGGACUCGGUUCCCCCAGUUGCACCCAAAGUCCUGGUCUCUGUAGGCUGCCAAACUGAGUAUGACCCCAUCUUCCCUCCAAUGCAGAUUAUGGCCCAAGGGAAGGGUGGUGUCUCCGGUGGGCCCCCGACACAGGUCAACAAGCUGGACAACAUGCUUGGCAGCCUGCAGUCUGACCUCAACAAACUGGGCGUGCAGACAGUAGCUAAAGGAGUUUGCGGAGCCUGCUGUAAGCCGAUUGUGGGACAGGUGGUGACCGCCAUGGGCCGCACAUGGCACCCCGAACACUUUGUGUGCACACACUGUCAAGAGGAAAUCGGCUCCAGGAACUUUUUUGAACGUGAAGGACAGCCCUACUGUGAGAAAGAUUACCACAAUCUGUUCUCUCCGCGGUGCUACUACUGCAACGGGCCCAUCCUGGAUAAAGUUGUGACGGCGCUGGAUAGGACAUGGCAUCCCGAACACUUCUUCUGCGCUCAGUGUGGCUCUUUCUUUGGCCCUGAGGGUUUUCAUGAAAAGGAUGGAAAGGCCUACUGCAGGAAAGAUUACUUUGACAUGUUUGCACCGAAAUGCGGCGGCUGUGCCAGAGCCAUUCUGGAAAAUUACAUCUCAGCUCUGAACUGUCUUUGGCAUCCCGAGUGUUUUGUUUGCAGGGAGUGCUUCACCCCGUUUGUGAAUGGAAGCUUUUUUGAGCAUGACGGCCAACCCUACUGUGAAGUGCACUACCACGAGCGUCGCGGCUCCCUCUGCUCCGGCUGCCAGAAGCCCAUCACGGGGCGCUGCAUCACAGCCAUGUCCAAGAAGUUUCACCCAGAGCAUUUUGUCUGUGCCUUCUGCCUGAAACAGCUCAACAAAGGCACCUUUAAAGAGCAAAACGAUAAACCCUACUGCCACGGCUGCUUCAUCAAGCUGUUCAGUUAGAGAGUUAGGGGGAAUGUUUAACACUGGCACACUUGGGUCAGGGCUAAAAUGAGAGUCUGAAGCAUUUCUAGCACAGGGAGAGUGAGAACGGGUUUAGUUUGUAUCACAGGAAGCUGUCUCUGGAUGAUGGCGUUGGAAGUGUGUAUGGGCUAAGUAUGUGCAUGUGGUUGAAGCGGUGUGCUGCUUCUGCCAGACUAAAUGUUUUUCAUGUCAUUCAGAUUUUUUUUUUUUUUUGAUUGACAGCAGUUUAUUUGUGAAGCUUUUUAUGUGUUGUGAGCGGGUGACUAUAUCGGAUGAGGGUGUAUUUGGUCUUUAAAGGAAAAUCCCCCCCCCCUCCAAAUCAGCAACUUUUCUCCCAGUCUACUUAGAUGUGCUGAAACAAACAGCUGUCUCUGUUUUGUUUUGUUUGUUUGUUUUGAGUGUGUGUGUGUGUGUGUGUGUGUGUGUGUGUGUGUGUGUGUAUGUAUGUGUGUAAUCCUCAAAUCAUUUUAUUUUUUAUCUUUUUAGAAGGUGAUAAAUUGUUACUAAGCACACUGAAACUCUGAUCUAUGAAACGCUCGGUGUGUGGUGAAGUUACUCACUGGUUGAGUGCGUCAUUUUAGAAAUCAAAUAAAAUGAACAUAUGGCAGGGAACAGGUGACCUGUUGUUUUUACACAAUAUAAACACUUUUUUUUUUUUUUUAAACAAAUGAUCAGGAUAAAAGGCUUUUUACUUUCUCCCUUCCCUAGUCUAAAGUCAGAUAAGGCACAUCUUUAUAUAACUGAUAAAGUUGUGUUUUAUGGUGAAAUGCAUCUUUAGUGUCCCUUGACCAAAAACCCCUUUCUAGUAUGUCAUAUUUUAAUUAAAGAUGCAUACUGUGUUACAAAGCAGUCAAGGGCAAACUGAGCAUGGAUUAAUAUUUGACUCAACAGUCACUGCGGUGUUCACUCUUCAUUACACGUGCUGCCAAAUCAUUCCUUUUGAUUCCUCUGAAUUAAAGCGAGUCUAAAAGCAGUUUGUUGGAUUUGCGUCACCUAAAGUGAAACUGCACAGAGAUAUUGGGAGUACGGUGUUUUUGCGCUACACUACCAUUACUGUUUCUGAGUACAUCCUGAGAAGUUUUUGUUGUUGUUUGUUGUACAUAUCCAAUGCAGCUACAUUGUAAGCAUGUACAUGUGUUUAAUAACCACUCGUUAAAAGAAGGAAAGGGCUGCUGGGAAGGCAUAGCGGAGAUAUUUGGAUGUCUUUGCUGAUAUUACUGUAUCGAGAAGCUGAUGAAUGUUUGUUUUUGAGAGAAUGCAAACCGUACACACAAUUUGCCUGUGAUAUUCCGAUAACUAUGCAACUGUGGAUUAACAGCUUUGUAUUUCAGCAUCAGCAUCUAUUUCUUAGGCUGUCUGUGCCAUUGUAUCAUGUCUAAUAACACUGGCAAAUUCAGCAAAAAAUACUGAGAGCAGGUCAAGAGUCCGCUGUUCUGUUUUCAUGUUAUUAGUCUGUGAGUUUGUAAAAAUGAGAGCCUGGUGGUCUGCUAGAAUAACUGGUAGGACUAGGAUGACUCGUCUCCCUCAGCGUCUGAGGAGCAUCUACUGUAUGACCACCAGGUUGGGGUUCUGUACAACGUUAUUCAUACACAGCAGACAGAUUUGGCCUUUUGUCUUGUUCAGGGAAUUCUAGAGCCUUAAUUCUUUCUUCUUUUUUUUUCUCACUGUAUUUAAGAUAUCCUGUAACAGUCAUCUUUUCAAAAUGACUUUCGUAGAGGUUAUUUAACCAAAGCCAUACCUUCUUUCAGUUUUUCUUGUCUGUUCACUUUGUUUUUUCUUUUCACUUUGAAUGUCAAUAGAUACAAAUAGUGAGAUUACUCUGUUCUAGCCUGAUUAUGCCAAUAAAUUCAGUUUUGGUAUCAAAA